GCCGCGGCUCGGCGCGGUGCUGCGUCCUCGGUUUGCGUUGGCGUCCUCGGCGGGGUUUCCCGCUUCUUCUCUGGUCUUCGCAGUGGACCGGAGCGCGUCCCCGUGAGUCAUGGUGACGAAGGCCGUAUGCGUGCUGAAGGGCGACGGCCCGGUGCAGGGUACUAUCCACUUCGAACAAAAGGAAGAUGGGACGGUCGUGGUAUCGGGAUCCAUUACAGGAUUGACUGAAGGCGAUCAUGGAUUCCAUGUCCAUCAAUUUGGAGAUAAUACACAAGGCUGUACCAGUGCAGGUCCUCACUUUAACCCUCUAUCCAAAAAACACGGUGGGCCAGAGGAUGAAGAGAGGCAUGUUGGAGACCUGGGCAAUGUGAAGGCUGACCCGAAUGGUGUGGCCGAAGUGCGUAUUGAAGAUUCCGUAAUCUCACUCUGUGGAGACCAUUCCAUCAUUGGCCGCACAAUGGUGGUCCAUGAAAAACCAGAUGACUUGGGCAGAGGUGGAAAUGAAGAAAGUACAAAGACAGGGAACGCUGGAAGUCGUUUGGCCUGUGGUGUAAUUGGGAUCGCCCAAUAAACAUUCCCUAGGAGGUGGUCUUGAGUCCUAGUAACGCAUAUGUUAUCUUGCUAGUUGUAGAAAUUUAACUAGAGAAACAUUAAACACCGUAACCUUAAAAGUG